UGCAAACUAUGGUCAUGUUCUUGCGGAUCUUCGUUGUAUUGCAUCUUGGUCAAUUAGUACUGACUAAUACAUUGUGUAUAAACGUUGAUUUUACGAGAAUACAACAAGUUUUAAUGGCGCAUCUUCGAAAUACCGCAGCCAUCUCUACUGCUGAUUGUAGCGUCCAAUGCUUGUCUGAACCUAACUGUGGCGCAUUUACAUUCACUGAAGUUGGUGGAACGUGUUCAAUGCUCCGUGAUGAAACUGGAUCAUCUGCAAGCUGUGUUCAAGGACAUGUGUAUAGAAAGUCAAAUACUAGUACAAUGCAACAUGACGAAAUCGUUCGACUUGUUCCGGGUCCUCAGUCUGGCCGUCUUGAGAUUAGGUACCAGUCUACAUGGGGAACAGUCUGUGACGACGGAUUCACUGAUGUCGAUGCCAGAGUUGUCUGUAGAGAACUUGGAUUGCCCUCAGACAACGCAAUACCGAAGGCUUCUGCUUUCUAUGGUCAAGGAAGUGGCCCAAUACAACUGGAUGAUGUAAAUUGUGCUGGGGACGAGUCAUUUCUGAGCCAGUGUUGUCACCAACAAUGGGGCACUCACAACUGUGGUCAUGGUGAAGACGUCGGCGUCCUCUGUCAGUAACUGCCUGGAUACAUCACCAGCAUGGUACAGAAACAUGUGAUGCCCUACGUCGCAUAACUCUUCUAUUUGACUGCAGUAAUUAGGACCAGAGGCACGGAACUCUAUAUAGAUGUGGGUUCUUCAUUUAUAUAAAAAUAGGCUGGUGGCGUAGCCCAGUGGUUAAAGCGUUUGUUCGUCACGCCGAAGUCCCGGGUUUCGACUACCAAUAUGGGUACAAUGUGUGGAACCCAUUUCUGGUGUCCGCGCUGUGAUAUUGCUGGAAUGUUGCUAAAAGCGGCAUAAAACAAUACCUAUUGACACUCACUGAUAAUGCACUGAUCGUGGGUUCGAAUAUCAGUUUGUUUCUUACUAUGAUCCUUGAUUUGUCGGCACCCAUGCGCAUGGUGUGUAUUCCUCUAACAUGUUACUUGAUCAAUGUUAUAUAACUGAAAUACCUUUCAAAGCGACUCGGAACUCAGUAUCCACCCGCCAAAAAGUGUCUUUAUUUCUUCAUUAAGGCAAGAUGAUAAUUAUUCUAACAAAAAUCAGUCAGUUCAGGUGCAAACUGUAUUGGAAAUGUGAUACAUCUUUAUAUCAUUUCAACAUCAGUAAAAAUGCACAACAAUAUGUACCACCGUGUAGACAGAUUUUGGCUAGUCUUAGGGUUACUUUUUCCAUGCACAGUAUGGAGUACCUUUAGAUCAUUCAUAUUUGCCUAACAGGCAUCGAUCACUGGAGCUCACCUUAGAGCUCAAAUGAAGUUGCUGUCAACAUUGGUCAACAAAUCUAAACAAAAACACUAAAGUCUGAAGGUCGCGUGACCUACAUGUAUAAAGUUUCACAUUGUCAAUCAGGAUGACACAAAGUCAGGGCUGGUACAACGGAAUGCCGUUUUAUUUUCCCUCAUCCACAGCAAUAGGACACUGCUAGGGAACAGGUAUUGUUCAGUCUGGACAAUCGCCAGAACAGACUUGUGAUGAUACAAAGACACCAUUGGUUCUCAGUUACAUAUUGUGAAACAUUGACAGACCUUUGCGACUAUUGCACAAGAACGUUAUGUUGAUCAACAGCAGCGAUAGUUGAACUCCAUCAACGUUUCCUACACGGAGGAGACAGUGAUGUCUCGUCAACAUCGGCUACAACGUGGCGUACACGUGCUACGUUCUUUCUGGACCAGUGACACUUGAAGUUUUAGUGAAUUGUGGUGCAGCUUCAUCACAAAGUAGAUUGACAUAUGCACCGUCUUUGUGACCAUUGUGAACAUAGACAAUUGUCUCAUUGUGUAUAUGUGCUUUGUGGUUAUAUUAUAAGGUGAAACACAGCAUAGAUUUUUCAAAUUUCAAUUAUCGUAAGUGACAGUUAUCUGUACUUCUAAUUCAGGAAGAAUAUAUUAUGAAUAUCCAAUAGCUUGUAUCAGUUAUCGUAAGUAUAGUUUUGUGUUCUUUUAACUCAGAAAGAGUACAAUUAAAAUCUAGUAGCUGUUAGUGUCAAAUAUUCUGUAGAUCAGUACACCCUGUUUUGCUUCAUGCAUGUAAGUUAUAUAUGUUGUUUGUACACAUCCCACCCUAGCCUAGUCUUUUCUGAGCAAAGGGCAGCUCUUGACCACAGGAGUUAAAAAUGCCUUCAAGAAAGUUACAGGCGGAGGGAACCACCUCCGUGUUAUGAGGGCAAGUGACACGUGAACGUUUUCGUGGUUGUGUAGUUUCAUGGCUAAGUGGAUUGACGUGUGUACCAUCUUCAUUAGCAUUGUGGACGAUAAUUAUCCAAACGGGCAUAUAUCUGCUUUGUGGUAUAUUUCUCAAUUUAUCAGUGAUCGUAAGUAUUAUGUUUUGUUCUUUCAACUCGGAAUGCAAUUAAAAUCCAAUAGCUGUUAAGAGUCAAUUAUUCUGUAGACUAGUGCACCCUGUUUUGCAUCAUACAUGUUCGAUAUGUAUUUUGUUUGUACACAUCCCAACCUUGGUCUAGUCAUUUCUGAUAUGAAAGUUACAACAUAAUACAAGGCAAUGCAUAAUGCAGUGCUGGCAUUAAGUAAAAAAAUGGUAGACUGUUUCGGGUGUGUUUACAAAAAAUCUAGAAAAUGUUAGAAUUCAAUUGUAUCGAUGUGGGAGAAACGGUAAAUCGAUUAAUAAAAAACGGUAAUACCAAUUGGCUAAGAUGAUAAGCAAAGAACGAUAGAGAAUAACAAAACGAGAAAGUGAUGACAGAAUGGAGUAGUUAAGUUCCGGUGUUCCCAUCGCGAGUUCCAGUCUGGUCGAAAUCUGUAUGUUGCGGAUCUCAUGUUAAUAAAGGAUGUGA